AUGACGGCUUUACAACCAUAUUUCGCGGAGGUCUGUCAAACGACCGCGGGUCUCUUGACCAGCAACACUUGCACUCCGUGUCUUUAUCACAUCCGACAUCUCACAACAUCGCUCCCGAGGAGUGCAUCACAACAUAAAAUCGCCACAAGAUCUCUCAGCUCAACAUCUUCAACAUCAACGUUGCAAAGGAGAUCAAUCCACCAAUCUCAUCGAUCUCGCUCAUCACCACCACAACAAGCAAAAGGGGCACUUCUCAAUCGCAUAAACCCCUUCCAACCAUCAUCUUCCUUCCGCCUUUACAGCACCGCACCACCAGAACCAACAAUAACCCCCAUCUUCGAGCCCGUAACCUGCACAUUCCAAUACCUCGUCGCCGACCCCCUCACCUCCUUUGCAGCCAUAAUCGACCCCGUCCUCGACUAUUCACCCCUGGAUAACUCCAUCUCUACCACCUCCGCCGACUCUUUACUCUCCGUCAUACGCUCAAAAGGCUACAAAAUCGCCUGGAUCUUGGAAACCCACGCCCACGCCGACCACCUAUCCGCUUCUUCCUACCUCCAAAAACGCAAGCGGUACGGCGUCCCAGAGGAGGAGGUCAAGUCCGUCUUCGGCCACUUGUUCGACGACGACGAGAUCUUCCACAUCGGCACCCUCUCAGCCCAAGCCAUCCAUCUCCCCGGGCACACACCCGAUCACCUAGGCUACCGCAUCGGCAACAACGUUUUCUGUGGCGACUCGCUCUUCAACGCAGACAUCGGCACCGCGCGUUGUGAUUUCCCCGGCGGGAGUGCUCACGACCUUUACCACUCCGGUCGAAAACUGCUGCAGAGUUUACCGGAGGAAGCCAAGAUCUGGACGGGCCAUGAUUAUCCGCCUGAAGACAGGAAGGAGCCAGUGCCGUGCCUGACUGUCAGGGAGCAUAGGGAGAGGAAUAAGCAUUUGCGGGAUGGGAUUACGGAGGAGGAGUUUGUGAAGGCUAGGCAGGAGAGGGAUCGCAGCUUGGCGGCGCCGAGGCUGUUGCAUCAGAGUUUGCAGGUUAAUAUCAGGGCGGGGAAGUUGCCGGGGGAGAAUGAGAAGGGGUUGAGGUUGUUGCAUUUGCCGGUUAAGAUCAAGACGGAUAAGAAGUGGUGA